AUGGAGAAGACACCACUAGUGGUGGUGGAAGGAUUCCUAGGUGGAGGACUUGGCGCUAACCUCUGGAAGGGGGUCGAAACUCUUAUCAACCCAUCCCAUCUAGACCUAGACGAACACUCAGAAGGCUACAGGCGAAUCUUGACCGUCAGUGUAGGCCCCGUAAGCUCAUUGCACGACCGCGCCUGCGAAUUGUACUACGCUCUCCGUGGAGGCACAGUCGAUUACGGUAGCUCGCACUCCUCAGAACACAACCAUGCACGUUAUGGGCGGACUCAUCCGACCGGAAUCUACCCUCGGUGGUCUAAAGAACGCCCAUUACACUUCCUUGGACAUUCAAUUGGCGGACCAACGAUUAUCAAGCUCCAGCACUUGAUGAAGGAAGGGCAUUUUGGAAAAGAUGCAGACCCGGAUAUGGUUCUAUCCGUUACCUCGAUUUGUUCACCCUUCAGAGGAACCCAGCUGGUCUACACCCUCGGGGAAAGCACCCAUUCCGCACCCUCAGUUCGACCCUUCUCGGUGGGAGCUCUCAUCGCAAAAGUGGUUCACCUGCUCGCAUACAUCGCACCUCCUACUCCUGUCGCCAACGACGAGGCGUCUGUCGAUGGACGCAGGUCUAGCUGGCUGGAGUACUUCCAAGUCCUCGACCUCCAUCCUGAAUCCCGUUCACUUUCUUACCGCGAUAUUUCGUUCCUUCAAUUUCUCCGAUAUCUCUGGAGAAGUGAUUGGGCAGAGAGUAAGGAUGCGACGCCUUAUGAUAUGACUUUCGAGGCUGCUGAUUUGAGAGAAUCGAGCGGGGAGGGACUUCCUUUCCCCAAUACCUUUUAUCAGAGCCAUGUUUUCUCCAUGACAAAACUAAUGUCGCCUUCGUCAGGCUCUGGUCAGAACUAUCAUACUCCCUCUGGUAUUUCAUGGAUAGCCUCAGGCCCCCUCUACCUGAUGUCUCGUUCCAUCGGCAAAUUCGACUUCUCACUCAUCCGACCAUUGCCCAGUUUCUGUGUUCCACCCAAAUCGGGACUGGAUCCCCUCGAGGAGUUUGCGAAACUCUCCCCUCUCCCUGCUGUCGACAACAGGGAAUCUUCAAGUAUACUGGAAGAUUCACCACCCUUUUACUUGCCACCCAUCUAG